AAUGAUUUCGACUGUUCUAGAGAGAAUAUGGAUUGUUUAACUGGACAACAGUUACUGAAGAAGGAUGGAACGGUUGUAUCUGCCGACUCCGCCCUAGCGGACAAGAAGAUAAUUGGUUUCUAUUUCUCCGCCCAUUGGUGUCCACCCUGCAGACUGUUUACUCCUGCCUUGGCAGAAUUUUAUACGGAUCUUGUGUCUAACGGGGAACCUUUUGAGAUAAUAUUUAUCUCCAGUGAUAAUUCACCAGAAGAACUUAUGACCUAUAUGAAGGAAAGUCAUGGAGAUUGGUUGGCAGUACAGCAUGGAACAGUUUUAUCACAGGAUUUGAAGAAAAAGUUCCAAGUGUCAGGGAUCCCGACCCUAAUCAUCUUAAACAGGGACAACGACCUCAUUACAAAGACGGGACGGAGCGAGGUCACGGAGAAGGGUCCUCUGGUUUUUCAGAAAUGGCUGGCAGCAUCGAAAUAAUAAUAUUACAAUUUAUACAUUUUAUAUUUUCGUUUUUUCAAUAAAAUUUGCACUCGUGAUAAAGGACAGAU